CCCUCGCCCUCGAAUCGACCGCCAUCGCCGUCGGCCUAUCAUACUCGGACGCUACUACCCAACCUGCCGCCCUGAUAACCUUCCCUGCUUCGCCCUGCCGACCGAACGAGGGGAAUUGAGGGUGCAUAUAAGACUAUCUAGCUGCAGUCUACCGGCAGAUUUUACUUCUCGCUCACUUCUUUCUCCAGAAUCUUUCCUCUCCCGCUCUCUACUAUAUACUGGCUUUUGAUAGCACUUCAUUGGGCAAUAGGCCUGCACUACCAUCGCCAGCACCUACCGGCUGUUCAACCGGUUCCCUCGGGAGGAUAGAGAUUAAUCAUGACCGAGGUUAUGGCUGCACCUGUCCAUCUGGACGUUUGCUAUCAACCUGGAUCGUCUCCCAGGUGUCGGUCACCUCAGUCUGCCUAUACCGGGCCGACAGGUUCGUAUGUUGAUUCACUCUCAAACUCGGGGUACGAUUCGUACGAUAGUCACAAGGGUUCUCCUCCCCCAUCGUCCAUCUCGUCGUCGCCACCUUUCUCGAGCAUUGCGAGUCAAUCUUCCGUUCCUUCUUCUGUUGCAAGCAGUGUCUGUCUUGAUGCCAAUCCGGUAGAUAAUGACGAUCAAUUCCUCUUUCCAGUCUACGACCAGCCAACCGUCUCGUACUGCCCGGAUGAGUAUGAUUAUGCUUCCGAGGACUAUAAUACGCCUGUUCCUGGUGCUUCGCCACGGAGUCCGUCACCGCCCAUGAUUCCCGAGAUACCCGAGAUAAUAUUUGUUCCGGCGGAUGAUAGCGUUGUCCGACACGAGCCGUCACGGCACGUGGAUUACCUGUCGCAUGAUUGGAAGGAGGAGGACAUUUGGGCGUCAUGGCGGUAUAUGGUUGGAAAGAGAAAGGUUUAUAGUAAUGCGGCUCGUUUGGAGAAUGCUUCGUGGCGGACAUGGACGAAGGCAAAGUUCAAGUUAAAAACGGUUUCACCAGAGACUUUGAAUUGGUAACAACCAAAUCGCCGCCCUGACAUGAUCUUCUGUGAAGUGGUUUGCUGAAUGAAAAAUAGGUUGAAAGACUGUGACGUGACAUGGCUCUAUGGCCCGCUCUCCACGAGUAACCAGAAGGCCUCCUUGAUGGUCUCGCCAUCGUCGCCGACCGUAUCGCCGACCGAGCCACGAAUACCCAGCUCGGGCUCUUUUUAUGUAAGGAAGCCUAUUUUGAAGAAGCGAAGUAUGUCUGAAGUCAUGCUUCAAAAGUCGCUGUCAAGUUCGAGUCUACUCAAGCAAGCCGCUGCAGCCAUUGAGUCACAGCAGAUGGAGAUGGAUUGCAAAGCUUCUAGACCGGCGAUGGUUGCAAGGGCGAAUUCGGACUUUGCCGCUUUGUCCUACGCUUCAAAAACCACAAGCGCUAUUAACACUAGCGAAUUGCCCUCGGCCCUUUCCACUGGAUGCCCUUCGCCAUCCUAUACAAAACAUAUACAUUUUAAUGACCAAGUACAACAAUGCAUCGCGGUGGAUAAGGACGAUGAAGAGGAUGAAGGUGAAGAUGAAGAAGAGGAUGAAGUCUUUCAGGUGGAGAACCUUGAGGAUAGCUCUUCAGAUGAUGAUGAUGAUGGCUUACUCAUGAUGCCGAGGCCAAAGGUUACCAUCAAAAGCACUGCACGAACGAACCCCGGCGAGCACCAAACAAUUGCCAUGCUACCGUCAACCACACUAAAAUACAUUGAGGAGCCAGUUGUCAAGAGAAACGACACUUUCAACAAUAUUGGCACUUUCUUAUCUUCGUUUGCUACACCCGCCCCAACUCAGCCCCAAGACCUGGAUCAAUCAUCCUUGGUUGGGACAAAGUCUUACAUACUGGAGGAUGACGACGACGACGACAUGGCAGAGCUGGGCUGGGAGCCUAGUGGAGGGGCAUUUAAAUCCCGACGGGACAGCAUUGCCGCUGCACACGAUCGAUUUGGCCGGGCGGAUGAUCGUGUGGGCAAUACUCACGUUGACGACUUUGAGCUCCCAAAGUACACUUACGAGGAAGACGAGGAUGAUGAGGUUGCGGCUGGACUAUUUGGCAGGGCCGUGGAUGCAGUCAAUACCGCUCGGGACAUUGCACACGUUCUUUGGAAUGUUGGUUGGAGGAAAUAAACCCUUCAAGAGAGAGUGAAAGAAAAAAGAGCUCCACCAGAAGAAAAUCUUGCCUUCUCAAUAUACGUUCAUAUAUACUGUAUUGAUGGACAGAUGGAUGGUGUGGUAUCGGAUGGACUCGGCCGCCAGGGAGCACGGAGGAGGGGCGUGGUGGUGGGUGCGCUGCUUGUAGGGGGGGUUUUUUUUAAUCACCUCUUUGUUUCUUCAUUUUGCGAGCGAGUGCGGAACGAACGCAAAUCGCCUGUUUUUCUCUUUUCCUUUUUACCUUGUUCCAUCGGGGAAUCCCACCGAUGCCUGCGGCAUCGUCGACAGCACCAGGCAAGAAAACAAAGUCAAGACUAUCUAGUCACUCUACUCUAAAGCCACUCCUGUCGAACAGAGUUCCCGGUUGCUUUGUCGUUAUACACUUGCUCGUCUACUGCUACUCUCCAAUCGAAUAAACGGAAGCCCGGCACUAUCGAUUUAAUCAGCCUGCACCUCGGAUUACUUGCUACCCUCCGCUCGGUUAUGCGUUCCUGGAAUGAGAUUUCCCUUUUACUUACAUUUUUCUCUUUCCCCGUUUGCUCUGGCUGGUGGCGUUUUUGCAUUUUUUUCUUCUUCUUUUCUUCCCUCUUCUAAUUACUCAGUUGCUGCUUUGACUCUCUUUAGUUGCCUCACCUCACCUUGAUCUGCACUACGGAUUGAUCGAUGCUCCAUAGGAUUCGUGUUUUUUUUUUUUUUUUUUCAAAAGAAAAUCAAAAAAAACCGUCCCGUUCUUUUCUUCACAUUUCAAUUCCCUUGUAUGUCUUUUCAUUUGUGUUAAACCGGUCUGGGGGGGGGUUCGCUAUGUUAUACUUGAUCUUUCGGUGCUUGAUAUUUUUUUUCAAUCCGUUCGCUUCUUGGCUUGUAUAAAAGUUGGUCUUUUCAUGUAAUUUACUUAUCAUAGCUAUGAAUAGUGCGGGUGGAAAAGUGGUGAUUGGCUUUUACAUACGGCAUGGUAGUUUGUGGAGGGGUAAUGGCUUGUUGGUGUGUUGGUAGGCUUGGUUGGUUGGAAUGGGACCUGCCAGGCUGUGGAGGAUGAUGGAGGGUGUGAGGAAUGGGAUGGAAUGGGAAAUGUAAUGAAUUCUAGUAGUAUGGGACUUUACUUGGACUAC